AUGCAUUCACCAUCACCCCAACUCCUCCGUGCCAUGCGCUCCUCCCUCCUAACUGCCCCGACCUCCCGCCCUCUGCGCAGCGCCACCAGCUUCCCGCGCGCCCUCACAGCCAUCGACAUGCCAUCUCAAAAGCGUAAUUACAGUUCUCCAAUCCGCCCUACGCGCAUGAUCCCUCGCUCCCACACGCACAAGCCUACCAGCCAUGACCGUGGCCCGGAGUCCAAGGAAGACACUCAGACGGACUUUGGCGCGCUGGAUGUCCUGGGAAAUACCCCCGUACCUAGCACGGCUAUUGACGCCUGCCUGGACUCUGGGUUCCAUCUGAACAGCGGUGUUAAAAUUACCGGUGGCGAUGCGCUGCUUCUCGUCGGUGGAGAAGCGUUCUCCUGGCGGCCUUGGAAGGCUUUUGAGGGUGCGGAGAAUGACCGCGCGGCCAAGGCGUCUAUGAUUAACGCCAAGGGUCAGUUUGAACUGGAUGAGCAGGCUUGGGGGUUGCUGAGUGUGGUGUGGCCACGUCCUGAUAUGCUCAUUCUCGGUCUGGGUGGCGGUAUGUACCCUCUCUCACCAGAGACGAAGCGUCAUAUCAAUGCGCUGGGCAUUCGUGUGGAGAUUCAGGAUACGCGGAAUGCGGCGGCGCAGUUUAACCUGUUGGCCACCGAGCGCGGAGUCUCUGAGAUUGCGGCAGCUUUGAUUCCCAUCGGGUGGAAGGGUCGGUCAUAG